CGAGUGCAAGUAAAAACAGCUUCCUUAUCUAGAACACGAUAACUCUUUCUCUGGUUCUGUUCUUUCAUUCACUUCAACAUUCGACAGAAUCGAAUCCAACAACAAUGAACAUGUUAGCAUCAUCAUCAUCAACAACAUCAUCAAUGUCUGUUCUUCUUCCAACAACUUCAAAACCUCUUUUUUCAAUUCGACCCAACAACGUACAUAUGAACAAGUUGAAGAUGAAAACAAACCGGUUUACUGUUUCUGCUGUUGUUGCUGAAGAUGCUGCUGCUGUUUCCCUCCAACCUCCACCUCAAUCUCAGAAGCUAGGAGUGGUUGUGAAACCAACAGACAAACCAAGACUUGUGUUGAAGUUCAUUUGGAUGGAAAAGAACAUUGGUAUUGGACUUGAUCAAAUGAUACCUGGCCAUGGAACCAUUCCUCUAAGCCCUUAUUACUUUUGGCCAAGGAAAGAUGCUUGGGAAGAGCUCAAGGAGUUGCUAGAGAGUAAGCCUUGGAUAUCACAAAAGCAAAUGAUUAUUCUUCUCAAUCAAGCCACUGAUAUUAUCAAUUUGUGGCAGCAGAGCGGCGGUAACUUGUCCUCCUAAGGUUCAAAUGUAGGAUAAUUUCAAACGAUGUUUUUUCUGUCGAUAGGAUGUUCUCCUUUUAAUGUUAUUGUUGCUCUGUUGUAUUGCAUUUGUUGUUAUUAUGUACACUAGACAAGUGGCACAUUCUUUUAGUUGAAUAAUUACUUUUUGUUCUAUCAUCAUAGUUUUAUCA